CACCCCUCACCACUGCUACAAAUACCCCUGGUCAUACGUGUCUCCUGCCAUACACCCUACACUACUGUACUUGUUUCUACGCACUUACAAUCCACUACAACCUAACACCUUUCAAACUACAAUACACAUCCACCAUGGCUGCCACCGUCAACGUAGAGAACAUUUCCAUGAAGACGAGCGAGGAGGAGAUCAAGAGCUUCUUCAGCUUCUGCGGAAAGAUUCAAUCCAUCAGUGUAAAGCCUACUGGCGACGACGCCCAGUCCGCCUCCGUCACCUUUGAGAAGGCUGCCGCCGCAAAGACCGCCCUUCUCCUCGACAACACUCAGCUUGGACCCAACUCUGUGCACGUCACUGCUGCUAAGAGCAUCGAUGAGCUUGCCGGAGAAAAGUCCGCCUCAGCCGAAGAGGCCAAGGAUGGCGACCACCACAUCGAGCAGGAACAGAAGCCCCGCGCACGCAUCGUUGCCGAGUACCUUGCCCACGGCUAUGCUAUUUCAGACAAGGCCAUUGAGCGUGCUCUGGCCGCAGACAAGCAGAACGGCUACAGCACAAAGUUCAUGAACUUCAUCAACAACGUCGACCAGAAGACCCAGGCUACACAAAAGGCUCAGGUCGUGGACCAGAAGCUUGGCGUCACAAACAAGGGCUACGCUGCCUUCAACACCUUGACCAGCUACUUCGACAAGGCUGCCUCAACCCCUACCGGUCAGAAGCUCCGUGCUUUCUACGAACAGGGCAACAAGACUGUCAUGGAUGUUCACAACGAGGCAAGGCACUUGGCGGACCUUAAGAAGCAGAAGGCUGGGGAGACUGGUGCCACCACCACCACUACAGAGGGUAGCGAGAAGCCCAAGGAGACUGUCACUGCUCCUGCCCCCACCUCAUAGAAGAGUUCUUUGAAAGACACGAGGUUCCUUUCUUUCUUGACGAUACCUACAUGGUUUAUAGUACUCAUGAUUACUUGCACAUGAUACCGAAGACACGAGCGCGGAGUUUGGGAUGAACUGGCCUGGGCAGUUAUGAAGCAAUAAAACAAUAUAGUUUACCCAG